AUGAGAAACGUGGAACCGCAUCUUUUAGAGGAUAAAAUGGACGAAGACGUCACGCAUUACAUCAAUUCGCAUCAGAACCCGGAGUCGGUACACGUAGAUGCCAAUUCCUUGGCUCUCAACGUACAGGACGAUGGGGGUAACCGAGUCCUAACAGUCAUGCAUCCGCAGAACUUUCCAUCUCAGAUUUUUCCCAGGCAGGUUUCAGUGGGCGAGCAGGUCGGCGAGGGUCCGUGGGUGGAAGAACUUCUGGACCCUGAAGGUAGACUGGCAGCCUUAGUGGCUCAUCUGACUCAACACUCCCGCGCCUCAUCUCAUCAUCAGACCCAUCCUGCUCAUCACAAGAUGCCUCCGGUAAGGAGUGAUGUGGAUCCAUCGGUUAUCCUAGACACGCCUCUGAGACUGUUCAAUGGACCGCCUUUGGAUCCGCAAUCAGAUGCAAUAGUAGUGCAAGUACCGCACCUACAAACACUGCCUCCGCUACAGGACAUGAAACGGUGUCCAGACACGGACUGGUUUAAUAAAAAUAAAAACGCCUUGAAGGAUGACGGUGAUAUGUUAGAACAAGACCCAGUUCUGGACAUCGGAACGUCCCCAGCUAACAAACAGAGCAAGAAGAGUCUGCCUCAUAAGAAGAGGAUAUCUAGGAAAUUGAAACGAUCAAAUGAGACUAGCUCCCCUCAACAGGAUAUAGUGGUAAUAAAUUGCAGCGAGCCUCCACAAGAGGAGAUCCUGCCUGAUAACUUUGCCCACGAGGUGAGUCUUCCCAACGAUACGAAACAUUUUGUAUUACAGAUGCGAGCAAUGUUCAUAUGUCAGCUGUGUGGAGAGUUCUAUGGCGAAGAGCAACUUAAGUUCUACCAGCAUCUCAAACAACAUUAUGAGCCACACGCUACUAUAAUUAUCGAGAACCCCGUCCCUGACCUUGGAAUUGAUAAGAUGACAAACACAUGUAUCGUCGACAACGUACCAACAUUACCUGACUCGAUAGUCGAACUAUCCCUCGAAGGAAGUGUACCAAAGACAAUGUACCAGUCCAUAGACAAGCACAUACUAUACACUACAAGCGAUAAAACACUCAACUACACGAGUAAUAAGCUCCAAUAUUCAGUGGCGAGUAUGGAUAAAGAAGUAUCAGAUGUUGACAAAAGCGAUCUGUACGAUUCGUUGGAUAAGUUGGAGUAUUUUUGUACCAAGUGCAACAAGUCGUUCAAGAAACAGAAGCUAUGCGAAGCGCAUAUUAAGGAAGCCCAUUCUAAUACAAAGCUGGAGGACAUGAGCGAGUUCAGCGAGCCCGAGGACCUGAUGGAGGGCAUCCACGUGGCCGUGGAGGACGGCGCCGAGCCCUACGAGCAGACGCUGCUGCCGCACCUCACCGUGGACAACGGCCACGUGCACCAGGACCACGUGCGCCACUGGUGGGCUCGCCUUCAUACGUACCUGCGCAGCGGCGCCGGCGCAGGCCCCGCCCCCCCGCUGUGCGCGUGCGGCGGCGCCGGCUACUGCCCCGCCUGCGCGCCGCCGGGGCACGUGCCGCACGUGUCGCCGCACGUGUCACCGCACGUGUCGCCUCAUGAGUCGCACGUGUCACCUCACGAGGCGCACGUGUCACCUCACGAGUCGCACGUGUCGCAUAUGUCGCCUCACGAGUCGCACGCGACCCCGCCCUCUAGCCAGGAGGUCACGCCGACGCUUAACAGCGUUGGUAUUCAGGCGACGGAGCCCGUGUCGCUCGCGUCCGCGCCCACGGUUGUGCAGCGGUGUCCGGACAAGGACGACCUCCAACCGAUAUUCGAAACGGAAAAUCGCCCCGACAACUUCUCCGAGCGGGUCUCAGAGACCCAAAGCGAUACUCCCAAAGGGGGCGAAACACAGCCAGAGAUUGUGACUGUGGGCAAGGAAAAAAAGAAGGGUGGUAAAACGUUCCCGUGUGCCCAGUGUGGGCGCGAAUUCGCCCAUAAGAAUAGCCUGGCGUAUCAUACUCUAAUGCACGGAGAUAAGCAGCAAGCGUGUCGCGAGUGCGGGAAGAGUUUCUACACCGUACACGCGCUUAAGAUACACAAACGGGUCCACAGCGACUACAGACCUUGUAAAUGCGACGAAUGCGGAAGACAGUUUCGUCAGUGGAGCGACCUCAAAUAUCAUAAAGCUUCAUUGCACUCUGACAAGAAACAGUUCAAAUGCGACUUCUGUGGUAAGGAGUUCGCGAGACGUUACUCCCUCAGCGUACACAGACGGAUACAUACUGGCGAAAAGAAUUAUAAAUGCGAGUACUGUAACAAGGCAUUCCGAGCGUCUUCCUACAGACUUAUUCAUAUGCGGACACACACCGGGAGCAAACCAUACAAAUGUCCUCAGUGCGAUAAAGGUUUUCGCGUUUCAUACGAUUUACAACGUCACAUGCACAUCCAUGAAAAAGUACGCGUCAAAGCCGACGACCAGAAAAAGACAAAAGAUACAAAAGAAAAGAAACAGACAAUCACUAAAACAAAUGAAGAGAAAAAGGAACCUGAAUCACCUAGCAGCGAGCAGAUAAAGUCAGAAAAUAGGCUACCGAUGCUAAAAAGUUUAUUGGACAAAAAACCGGCAAAACAAUCCAAAAAAUCGCCAAAGAAAGCCCCAAACGUCACAGUACAGAACAAAAUUGAUGAACAGUUCGAUGAGGAAAUCUUCGACACACGACAGGAUCCGUAUAAAUUUAAAGAAGUUUAUACCAAUGAGAAGGAAUUUUCGAACAUAUCUCAUAAAUUUGACAGAACCGAUGAAAGGGAAUUGGAAAAUUUAAGAUCAAUAAAAAUACCACAGAUCGGUGAAACUGAAGACAGGAACUAUAGCAGAGAAAAUACAGAUGGUAAGAUGCAAGUUUUCACUCAAAUAGAUAAAGGAAAAGAGUACAGUGGACCUAUAGUGACCAACGUUGUAUCUCUCAGCGAUAUUAGGAACUUAGAACGAGAAGUUUUGAGGGAACCGAGGGUAGAAAUACAAGGGGAUGGCUUAGAAAACGGUUUCUUUGAACGGUUAUCAGCGUUUUACAAUAUAUCAGCUAUAUGAAAAAUGUAUUGGAAAAAAACUGGCUACCGGCCAGUGGAAUAGGACCAUUUAGUGAAUUGUUAGUUUUAUUUCGAAUCACUGAUAAGUGCUUUGGUGGUGUCUGUGGAUACUGAGUCACCAAGGCGCUGUGUGUGUGUCUCCUUGUAUAUGAGCAGCUUUGCUGUGUGUGUUCUAUUUUCGUUCUGUUAUUAUUGCAGUGAAUAAAAACGAAUUGUAUAUUUAAUUUCAGAAA